AAACACUGUGUAAUGUGUUCUUUCCUGGCUUUCAUUAAAGAAACUCAAUGCAGUGCGGUCACGCUGCCGAGCUCGCCUGGCAACCUGCCUACACCCUGUGGUACCUCUUUCAUUGGAGGAGAUCGAGCUCGUGGUUUGGGCAGGCAACCAGGGAUGCAAAUGUGGGAGGUUUGGACGUGGGGAUGGGCGAGGAGGAGGAACAGAAUUCUUUAGGAGAUGUCUUCGGUUCUACUCGGGCAACAAAAGAAGAGGAAGACCUUAUUGCAGAGGAAGAGCAAGAACUUACUCCAGAGGAAAAGAGGAAACUGGAAAGAAAAUUAAAAAAAGAGCGCAAGAAGAAGGAGAAACAGCUGAUGAGGGAAGCUGGAAUCUCCAUUAAAAAGGCAGCGCCCCAGAAGCCAUCGGGGUCUGAGCGGGCUCUGGCCUAUUUAACCAGCUGGUCUGAAAACCCAGGAGAAUGGAAGUUUCAAAAGGCAAGACAAACGUGGCUUCUCCUGCACAUGUAUGAUAAAGAGAAGGUUCCAGACAAGUAUUUCACCAUUUUACUGGAUUAUCUGCAAGGCCUUCAGGGCGGGGCAAGAGACAAAACUGUGGAGAAAGCUGAAGCUUUUAUGAAGGAAUUUGAUGGUUCUGAUGGAGAAGACCCAAACGUGCUGGAGAAGUGUGAGCGCGUACGACAAGUUCUGCAACUGCUGUCCUGAGAGUAUUUUUGUGUCUUAAUGCUUGUCUGGUGGAGAGGAGGAGAGGAUGUCAUAUACAGAGGCUAUAAAUGAGUUGUAAAGACGUCAUUUUCUAAAAGUAAUCCUAAGUUUUGUACUCAUAAUUUUUUGCAAUUGCAAAUAUUUAUCAUGUUUUGAGGCGAUGAAAUAAAAAUACCAUGUAUGGUCCAUAGACUUCCUAUUGAUCUCACUGCACGUCUUUAACAAAUAAACCUCUCUCCCUCUCAUUAGUUUUUCUCCAUCUGCCCCUGUAAUUACUGUUAAAUAAGAGGAACUUUACAGUGCUUAAUAAGAAGAGCAAAGGAACCAA